AUGAAAAAGACUUUGAAGUAUCAUAAACUAGAUAAAAUUAGAAAAAAAGAAUUCGCAAAUAAAGAGUUUUCUCGAGCACUUGAAAAGCUUAAAGAAGUUGAUUCAAAUUAUACAAAAAAACCUCUUGAGACAUCUUUUAACUGGAAUGAAAUAGCUGCUGACAUAAAGGAUGUCAAAGGAGAGUGGUAUUUUGUUGCUUUUCAAUCUAUUGGAAGCGUAAAUGCUAAUUUUGAUUUAUUGUCUGACGCUAAAAAAAGAGCUUAUCAUAAAGCGGAAAAUCAUGAAGGAUUGCUUAAGUAUUGGUCCGGUGAAUUCAAUCAAAAUCAAGAAUGUCUUUCGACAUGCAUUUGGGCAAGUAGAGAUAAUGCAGUUGAAGCAAGUGAAAAAUGUCAAUAUACUUUUGCAAAGAAGUUGGCUAACGCAAUUAUGAAACCUAUGUGUUAG